UUUUGAUGUUUGGGAGACUGACUCCAUUUGCCUUUUGAGGUUGCCUUUUUAUAAGAGAAACAUUUAUUUUUUGGUAUAUUUUAUAAUGUGAGAUGGUUACAUGAUGAGUGUUUUUCAGUGGCUGGAUCGAGCCUGCUUUGCAUGUUUACGAAGUGGAGAAUUCUUGGAAAAACCGUCGAACAUUCCGUGCCAUAUCCCGUGAGAUCUGCGGUCAGUCUAUGGAGCCAUUUGAAGGCAGCCUUGUUUGGUUCGGUGAGAUGAUAGACCAACCAACUGUGAAAGUGUUACAUCACCUAGAGACCAUUGUCAGUGUAGGCAGUGCCACCCCAGCUGACGAAGAGCAGACCAAUCACAAGAAAAGGGACUACUGUCACCAGAUAGACUUCUUGUUUGUCAACAAAGAUUAUCAGGAUAAAGGGUAUGGAUCCUUGAUGAUACUUGGAAUGGAGGAAGUGCUCAGAAAACGCAAAAAGAGACCAAUAAAAGUAGAGAGCGCCAUCAGGUCUGUGGGGUUUUUCAAGAAAUUGGGUUAUCAUGAAGUUGGCGCACAGAUGCAGUGUAUACACCCUUCGUGUCACCUGUUCAGCAACUUGCAACCGAUGGAGAAAUUCUCAGAGCCCAAAAUGUAGAAGGGAAUUUACAAGUGAGAAGGAGAUGACAUUAUAAGUCAGGAAUAUCAUUCUAAGAAGAUGGUUUUAGCAAUCUGUCAAUCAAACUGUUUUGGUCAGAUUGCAAGACAUUGACGAAAUAACAAGAAAUUUUAUAUGAGAUCAUAAAUAAAUAAAGAUUAUUAUACUGAAUACGUGUUUCCAGGCAUAUAAAUUAGUGAUAAUUUUUAAAUAAUUUCAAACCCCAAUCGCGGAAAAUUUGAUGAUUUAAAUUGUGGGUUAUUUUAAGUGUCCCUUGUUUCAAGAUGUGGGUCAACAGUAGAUAAUCUCACGAGAAGAUCAGAGAAAGACAACAACACGAGUGUUUAGCUCUGUAGCCAAGAUGGAGGGCUGUAUCCGGGACUUUAUUGUUCUUACCACAGGGAACCCAGAUAUUGUAACAUUCCUGCAGCCGUUAGAGAAAAAUAGACCAUAGUUCUGACAGACA